AUGGACACACCAGUUCAUCUUACUCUUCAUAAUCAUCUCUCUUUACAAAAUCAUGAAAGCUUCCAAGACUUGUUUCAUCUGUACGAACAAUUGAAAUUGAAAUUUAAAAAUCAAAUCCUCAAACGUGCAUUUUCUGGUCACUUUUUACCAUGUCCUAGCUUGGAGAUGGGAGAGUGUGUCGAUAUUGCCAUUUCAUACUCUCUUUCCUCUCUUUUAAUUUUAACACGAAAGGAAUGGUGUCAAACAAAAAUACAUGUCUUGGAUUUGCAUUCUAAAAAAUUGUUAUUUGAAAUGGAUCACUUAAUGGUGGCCAGUGCAUCAAGAUUAUGUAUUGAAGAUAAUUUUGAUGGAAAUGGAAAUGAUGCCUUGUUUUUUCAAUUCUAUUUUGGUGGAGUUUCAAAAAUUGAUUUAACCAAGACACUUGGUUCGUGUAAGAAAGGUCAAGAUCUUGAGCAGGGCCAUUAUACCAUUUGGAGAUUAAAGGAAAAUAGUCAUGAUAAAGCAGUCAAAAAGGGACGAUCAUUUAAGGAUAAUCUAGUUUUCACAUGUCAAGACAGUUGCAUCCGUGUACUGAGUUCCUUUACUGGAAUUCCAUUGCAGACCAUUCUAUUGGACUGCACAGAUGGAAAUCCAUUUGUGUCAUGUAUUGAUAUCACUCCUGAAGGUGAUUUAAUCAUUUCUGAAACUGGAAAUAAUCGAAUUCGAAUCAUGCGAGAACAGCUGACAAGUGACAAUGAACAAGCCAAAAGUGAAUGGCAAACCAUCAGAAUUAUUGGGAGAUCAUUUGGUAAAGAAGGAAAUCGUUACGGAGAGUUUUCAUCACCAGAAGAUGUUCUCUUUGAUCCUGUUGGUCAGAAUAUCAUUGUCAUUGAUUCUCGAAAUCAACGAAUUCAAGUUCUCAAUUUGUAUGGACGUUUUGUCGGUGUGAAAAACAAGUACAUGGAAUUAAUGACCACACAUUCUGUCCAUCGUUACGGAUAUUAUUUGAACACAGGAUCAACAUUGUGUUUGAAUGGUUUGACAGGAGAGUUAUUUGUUUGUCAUCGCAAUAGGGUGGAUGUGUUCAAGUGA